AUGUUGCUCCUCCUGGUGUUUCUGGUGAAGAAAAUAGUGACUCUGAGCUGCCCAGCAAGUGAUGCUUUCCUUGUUCCACAUGAGUGGUACCAACCUGGGGACCUCAUCAUUGGUGGGAUAGUGUCCCGCAUACUUUACAACAUUUAUGAAAUUAAUUUUAAGGAACAUCCUCGUAUAACAUCUUAUGACAUACCAAAGAGAUCAAUGAGGAUCUCCCAGAUCUUACCUAACGUCACUCUUGGGUUCCACAUCUAUGACAGUUACCUGAAUGCAAGGAUGACCUAUCGCACCACCCUGGAUCUGCUUUUCAAAUCCCAGAAAUUUGUCCCUAACUACAAAUGUGACUGCCAGAAGAAUCUCAUGGUUAUCAUUGGGGGACUGGAUUUUGAAACAUCAUCUUAUAUAGGUGAACUUACAGGUGUCUUCAAGAUUCCACAAUUGACAUAUGGCUCAUUACCUGAAGAGGAAUUCGAGAUGAGUAAACUCUCUUCACUGUAUUUCAUGGUCCCCAAAGAGGACCAUCAGUACAUUGGGAUUGUCCAACUGCUUCAUCAUUUCAGGUGGACGUGGAUUGGGAUAUUUUCUGUUGAUAAUAACAAUGGAGAAAAUUUCUUACAGAAAAUGCAGCCCUUACUUUCACAGAACGGAAUCUGCUCAGCGUUCAUAGAAAGGUUUUCACAACUGGUCCACUUGGAAGAAUUCCAAGAAUUUUAUCAAACCAUCUCAAUGACUUCCAUUAAUAUGUUGAAGAGCAAAUCCAAUGCAUAUCUUGUCUAUGGAGAAUCCUCGGCAAUUAUUUGGCUAAGAUUUGUAACAUUUGUGGUGGAUCCUGAAAGCAAGGAAACUGCAUUAUUUGGAAAGGUGUGGAUCAUGACUGCACAGAUUGAUUUUGUACUAUCAGGCAUUCAAAUCACAUGGGAUCUCCAGAUGUUCCAUGGGGCUCUUUCCUUCACUGUUCAUUCAACAGCGGUUACAUGUUUCAAGGAAUUUCUUCAGACUAUAAAUCCUCUUUCAGAUUACAAUGAUGGGUUUCGACAGGAUGUUUGGGAACAAUCAUUUGAUUGUUCAUUUCCAAAACCAGAGUUACAAGAAAUGCAGAGUAGAAAAUGCACUCGGGAGAUGAAGCUGGGGGAUCUUCCUGCACCUAUAUUUGAAAUGGAAAUGACUGGCCAAAGCUACAGUGUCUACAAUGCUGUUUAUGCUGUGGCUCAUGCUUUGCAGGCUCUACACAUGUUGAGUUUCAAUACAAGGAAAACUAUGAUGAAUAAAAAACCUGAGGUUCCACAGCUGCACGCUUGGCAGGUUCUUCCACUUUCUCGAUGCAAUGACCCCUGUUUCCAGGGAUAUUGGAAAAAAGGAAUUGAGGGACAUCAGUUUUGCUGCUACGAUUGUGUUCCAUGCCCAGAAGGGAAGGUUUCAAACCAAAAUGAUAUGGAUGACUGUGUUGAAUGUUCAGAAGAUCAUUAUCCAAAUAAAGAAAAGAAAGGCUGUAUCCUGAAACUGCUGGUUUUUCUAACUUUUGAAGAAACCUUAGGAAUCAGUUUAGCCUCAGCAGCUCUUGGUUUCUUCUUCUUGACAUUUUGGAUACUUGGAACAUUUAUUAAGUACAGGGAUACUCCUGUUGUCAAAGCUAACAACCGGUCCCUCACCUACACCCUCCUUGUAUCUCUUCUGCUCUGUUUUCUCUCCUCUUUCUUCUUCCUCAGCCAACCUGGAAAAGUGACUUGCCUUCUUCGACAAUCAAUUUUUGGCAUCACUUUCUCAGUGGCCAUUUCUAGUGUACUGGCCAAAACCAUCACUGUGGUUGUGGCUUUCAUGGCCACUAAACCAGGAUCACAGAUGAGGAAAUGGGUGGGGAGAAGAUUGGCUUUUUGGACUGUUCUUUUUUGCUCUCUCUUCCAAGUAUGGAUUUGUACACUUUGGUUGUCAAUCUCCUCCCCAUUCCCUGAGUUGGACAUGCACUCAGAGCUCCAAGAAAUAAUUUUACAGUGCAAUGAGGGGUCAGCUUUCUUCUUCUACUGUGUCUUGGGCUACAUGGGUAUCUUGGCCAUCGCCAGCUUUAUUGUUGCUUUCCUUGCCCGUAAAUUACCUGACAGCUUUAAUGAAGCCAAGUUCAUC